UGAAUAACUUGUAAACUGUUAUGGCGUUUGUGUUCUCCAAUACACAACGCAUAUUCGUGUCUGUGUUUGAGAAUAAAAAAUAAAUUUUACAAAACCUAAUUACAUCAUUCUGAAGCAACCCCGAUAAUAUGGAAGCGCGUUUCGCAUAGAUUCCUUCCUCGUUCAGUGAAGGAAUAGUGAUUUAAGGUUAUGUUACCAUCUUUUAUCGAGUUCUAAGUAGGAUUCAGUGAAAAAAAAAGAGGAUCAGUUUGUGUUUUUCUCUGCACAACAUCCCUGAAUGAAUUUCUCACGGUUCCUUGACAUACAAUCAUGGUGGGAAGUACCAAGUAUUGCGUAUUUUUGCUCAUUAUUUCGGACUGCUUUCAAUCUUCUGGAUUUUGACAUAGAAGAGCUCGAGGAAGCUCUUCUAACAGACGGCACCGAGGACUCUGGUAGUUCUUUGCUGACCGAGUUAAUUGUUCGUCUCUUAAAUGGUUGUUUGGGCAACAAUGACAUCUCGGCAUUUAAUUAUCAGAUGUAUUUGAGACGACUAUUCCGGCAAAAAUGUCAGGAAUCAGGACGAUACAACCCAUUCAAUACUGACAUUGACUUUCAGUUUCUGCCACUGCGCAGGAAAGUUGAGAUCUUGUACGCACUAUGUGAUUUCCGAUUGGAUGCUGAGGAUGUUUUUGAUUUGUUUAAAAACCUUGAAGCAGAGAGUCUGAGGGUGGAACCACUUGGAUGGGAUGACAACGACUCAGCAUACUGGUAUUUCUAUGGCACAAGAUUGUACCGAGAGGAUAUAGUUAAGAAGCCAAAGGGAAAAAAGAAGAAGAAGAAUAAGGAUAAGAAGCGGGGCUGGCUACAUGGGGAAGAUUGGAAUGAUGAUGAAACGGAGAGGGUGUGGCAGGUCGUGUGCUUUACGGAAGAGGAUUGGACCCACCUGACACAGAAGUUCAGCAAGGCUACCAGCAAGGUUGAGAAGGAAUUAUUCCGAUCACUCUCUCAGAAUUUUAUGCCAGAAAUACCAAGGCUGUUUCAAGAGAAGGAACGUCUACAGCGGAAAAGGUUACUCGAAUUGGCGCCCCGUCGUACAUCGAGCCGGGUGUUACAAAAGAUCCGGCAGAAGGAGGAAGAGGAGAGCAGCAAGGCUACGACCGAUGUGGAGACUUCGAAGGACUCAGAUAGCAAGGAGAGCCAGGAUCUAGCGAGGCGGAAUCGGGCUAAGCGGAGGAAUCUGUUAAGAUCCAAAUCGGUAUCAUCGUCGUCGUCGUCAGAUAGCUCCGACAGCUCGGAGCCAGAAGCGAUGCCGCAGAAAACUACCAAGUCGAAGAACAAGGGCAAGAAGUCAAAAAACUCGUCUGCUACGCACAAAGGCGAACCGCCACCAGGGCCACCAAUAAGAACCGGACGCAAGACGAACAACUCGCUCGCUUCGGCCACCGGCCAGAUCGUCAUACCCGACACCGACGAGCCCGUCAGCAGCACUAGGAAGAAACUGAAAACGUCGCAGAUAUUCAGUCAAACUGAUGAAGACAUCCAGAUUGACAUGUACAAAGUACUGGAGCAGCUGACCAAUCACGAGGAUGCUUGGCCAUUCCUGGAUCCCGUGGAAGAAGAGUACGCUCCCAACUACUACACGGUGAUCAGGCGGCCAAUGGACUUACAUAAGAUGGAAGAGAGGCUGGACAGCGGCUUCUAUACCGAUUUCUCCUCUUUCAAAGCUGACUUCAAACUCAUUGUCAAUAAUUGUAGAUUGUACAAUGGACAUGAUAAUGAAUACACAGCAAUGGUGGACAACCUCCAAGCGGCGUUCGACCGUCUCACCGAGAAGUACAUUUACCGAGUUUCAUCUUCUGAUGAAGAAAUAGCAGUGGAAUACCAGCUGCCAACCCCAACGCGGCGGCAGAAGCGCAAAGCAAGUGAUUCGCCAGCCAGGCAGGCCCCGGGGAAGAGAAAAAAACAAAAGUCACACUCUGAAGAUGCAGAGCCAAAAUCAAGCACCUCUGAUAUAAAGAAGGAGAAAUGUGAAGAUGAUGAACCAGAAAAUCUAGAAAAAGAUGACAUUAACGAUGCUCAGGAUGAAGCUGACAAGGGCAAAGAUGAAGAAGACAAAGAAGCUGACGACAAAAUGUCUAAAGAAUCUCACAAAGAUAAAGGCAAGAAAAAACGCAAGGGCCACCACCACCGACAUGGAAAACAUUCCAAAAACCACAAGAAGAAUAAACAACAUGGAUCGAAGAGCAAACAUAGCAAAAAACAAAAGCACGGUAAAAAUAAAGACAAGGAGGGCAAAAAGUCGAGGCAAAAGAAGAAAAAGAGUAAACAUCAAGAUCCAGAACCAGAGCCACCUGAGGUUUUAAAGCGUAGUGACUCCCAAGAGUCAGUGUCAAGCUCGAAUAGAAGUCGCAGUGCCAGCCCCUUACCCUCGAUACACACUCCCUCGCCUUCUCCUACAGAACUGGACAAACCUGAAGCUAGCAAAGCUGAAUUUGACAAGAUGGACUAUGAUCAACCUGCAACUUCAAAACAUCAUGCUGAAUGUGAAUUCCUCAAAGAUAAAUAUGAUAAAAUCAAGGAAAGGCGGCGUCAUGCAGCCAAAGAUGUGUGGGAAUCGCUAUUUGAUUACAAGCAAAAAAGUGACAAGCAAAAGCAAAAUCUUAAUAUUCCAGAAAAAGAAAAGAAUCAAAAGUUACGUGAAACAAUUGAAAAAUUGAAAGCUAAAAAUGAGAAAUACAAAGAUACAUCACUAUUUGCUAGUCUGUUUACUCCGCGCAGUACCAGGCGGGUGGAAAAGAAACGGGACUAUAAAGAAGAGAAUAGUGAUGAUGAGUGCUCUGAUGAUGAACCACUUGAGAGUGUCAAAGGAAAAUGCACAAAUAAAAAGUUAGUUAAGAAGAGUUCAGCUAAAAAUGAAUCUGCAUCUGAGGCGUUAGAAGAAGCUGUGAAAGAUAUCAGUAAAUGGCUUGAUGAAGCACCAAAGGCAUCCACUGUAAGCUCCCCUUGCGAUAGCCCUGCCCCUACAGUCUCUACUGAAGAACAAGACAGUUGCAGUCGUCAAGAUGACGAACUGUCGCAAGGAGAGCGAUCUCUCGCUAGUCGAAAGGAUGCGUCUAAAAAACGACACUCGUCUCGUGAACCAAAACUGGUUAAACGACGUGAAAUACAGAGAACUAUUGAUAGGCUUCAACCCGGAAAAAGCAAGGGCAAUUUAUUGACUAAUCUUGCCAAUAAAACCGCUGAUAAAUCCGACGAUACUGAUCAAUCCGGCCAAGCCAAUAAAAAUCGUGAGUCAAAGGAUGAAGAACCAAGCCCAAAACUUAGUCUGGGAUCGGUAUUACCGACUGUUGAUUUUACGCUCAUCACCGAUGAUCAUAACUUUUGUAAAGAUGAAAAUGAAAGAGAACAGAAAACUGCUUCUAAAGCUACUGAAACUGAAGGAGACAUAAAAGUACCCGAGAUUAUUAUUGAAAAGGAACCAGAAAAAACGCCUGCUGUCUGUAACAAAAAAGAUGCCGAAGUAGAAACUGAACCACCAUUCGUGAUGAAGCCUAGCCAGGAAAAGGCAACACCAAACUUAAGCGCCUGGUUCAAAGCGUUUGGAGCGCCCAAAACUACCGCCCCCGUUGCUACUACUAAGAAAAAGACGGAAGAAACUGAAAAUGAAGAGAAACCCGUUGAAAAUAAUGAAAUAAAAUCUAGUCCUAGAGUGGGCACAGUUAAAUUUGACUCUCCCAAUGAUCCCAAUUCACCGAACCCUGAUGGAGGGGAUAGCCCUCAUCCCAGCAUGUCGGCAACGCCUCGUCAAAGAAGGACAAGCACAGGCAGUUCUGUUUCUGAACGAUCGUCGUUCAGUCAAGAUUUAGAUUCACCGCGACAUCAAAUGUCGCACACUUCUCCACUAUUAAGAUCUCCGGCUUCUCCUCGUAAUGAUGACUUCCAAAAGAUCACAUAUCCCAUAAUUAACGGCACAGUCCGAGCUGGCUUCUACCAAGAUACAACAUCUCUUAAGAGUAGUCCUGAUAAAAGUUGCAGUCCUCGCGAGGCUCCACAGUCACCAUAUUCCCCAUAUCCACAACAUGUAUAUGCUUCGUCAUCUACCGCACCUGGUUCCGCGACUCCAAACUAUUUCAUUGAUCAUAACAAAUCCCCCCUACCAACAUAUACUCAAAACGCGCCCCCUUACUAUGAUUCAGCUAAAGCUACAGCUAUUAACAAACCGACUAGAACCAAUGAUGAUUACACCUCAGUGGCGCCUGAAAUGUAUCCAAGUCAUUUUAAUAGCCCGUACUCUCCAUCUUCAGCACAAUAUUCACCUGUGCAAACAAAUUAUUCUCAACCCCAAAUUUCACCACAGCCGACGGCUAAUUCCCUUACUAAUCAAAAUGCCACUCAGAUGCAAGAUCCGAAACCUUCAUUGUUCCCAGUGAAGAAGCGUACUUACAACGAACCUGAGCAAAUUCAACACGACAAAGUUAUUCAACAUAAAGAACCAGAACCACAAAAGAAUGACUAUGCUAAAAUCUCACAAGUCAAUAAUAUUGUUAUGUCCGCUCCGUCAGUGGACGAUAUAGCUCUUGCUUUGAGUGAAAGAUCUCAAAUGGCAAAAUUGAACAAUUCAAGGGACAUGCGCCCGCCUGAAUAUACAGAGAGGCAGCAGUACGAUAUCCGGAAGCCUGUUUAUGAAAAUAAUGAACCAGCGCAUGCAAAUAAACGUGACAUGAACAAUGUCGACUUAACCAAACCACUCGGAAUGACUAAAAAGGACGCUGUGGACAUGGUUAAUAUGGGAUACUUUAAUUCAGAAGACAGAAGGAAUAGUACGGACACUCGCGAAGUGGAAUAUCUUAGUCGCGAUACAAAAUCAUCCACUCAAGCACAUAAGGGUUAUGAGAUAGAAGCGAUUGCUAUUAAUCUCGGCAUUAACAGCCAACAGUUACCGAAGCCGUUAUCCAAACCCAAUAUAACUACAUGCAACAUGACUCCAGCGCAUUCGCAUGAGCGACAGCAUGUUGAUAUGAGUAUUAAUCAAAAUAUAGCACAUGCUCAUCAAAAUCAAUAUGACCUACCAUCUGGUCAAGUGAUAAGUAAUUUUUCACUCAACGAUAUUGAAUUGGCAAAUAAAAAAUUAUAUGCCAAUAACAUAGCAUCUUCUACUGCCUUGGAUUAUGGAAACUGGAAGAACACCAACCAAAUGCGUAAGCAAGAUAUCCUACCAUCGGACUACUCUUCUGCUUAUACCGUAAAUAAUGAAGAAAAGAACAAGGUUGACUCUUCAGCAGCCUUAAAUUAUAAGAAUAUGCAACAUCAGCAGUAUAAUAACUAUGCAAAUAUGCCACGACUAAGCAACCAACGAACACCUGAGUUGUCUCAGAAUAUUCCAUCUGAACUGAGGAUUCCUAAUCCCCGGGCAAUGCAUAAGCCUGAUAAUGCAAUUGUUACACCGAGUGCUGAUGAUACUAUUGCUAAAAAUAUUGACGCAAUGGCUAAGGCUCAGAAAGCAGAAAAACUGGCUCAAAAUCAUCCUCUUGUCUCCUCUAUCCCUUACAAAACUCCUUACAGCACACAUUCUACCCUUCCAAUUGAUUCUCUUCGAAACUUGCCUAAUAUUCCUCAAAUGUUGGAGAGAUAUUCUAACGACGAGCGCUAUUUAUCCAGUUUUGCUACCACUACAUCGUCCUUGUACCAUGACAAAACGUUUCAAAUGGCACAUAUGUUCAACAAAAGUCUAGUAUCUGACGUGAACACAACUGUUUCUCAUAGCAACAUUUAUUCACAACCCGCGGUGUCAAUGAGCAAGGAUAAUAAUAUAAUAUACAAAAAUACAACUACGCCUGCGAAUGCUCAAAUCGAUACUAAAACAAAACCGAAAAGGAAAAGGACGACAGACUCUAAGCAGACACUUCCCACCGCACAAACUUACCAACAUCCGACAUCUUGUGGUAACGACGUAUUAACAUCUGUGAAGACGAGUAUAAUGCCCACAACUGCGUUUAAUUUUGGAGCAUCAACGAACAUGGCCCUAAGCGGAAUGUAUGGAGAAAACACCGGAUUUUCGAUUGACGAUUUCCGAAACAGUACAAGUCAAUUGAUGGCUGCAAAUUAUAUGGCCGCAGUUGCUCAUCAACAGAGGAAUAACGAGGCAAAUGCUGAAAAGUUGGUGAAGCCAGCGCAUCAAAAUACGAAUCACAGUGCGAGUUCGUUCCCGUUCAUCGCCCACUCUCAGGUGCGGGCUGGAUAUCCGUUUGUGGGAACAGAGACAUCGUCGCCCCUGUACCAGCAGUACAUACAGCGCUAUCAGGAGGAGUUGCAGCGACAGACCGGCGCACAGAUCAUGGGGCUCUACCCACCGACUUAUCCACCACCGCUCGGCGUGCGGCAGCCGUACGACUCCAUCAACAGAUCCUCGUGGAUAUAAUAUUGGCUUUACGGCCAACCUCAAAGCCAGUGGACUUAUACGUGUUACGACCCAGAAUGCUCAGGAUGUUAUCGGAAUAAUUGAAUUGUUUGUAGGUUUGCCAUACAUUUUUGUGAACUUUAUGAAUGUUUCAUAAUAAUAUAACGAUCGCUGUUCUACAUCAUGACAAUUUUAUCUUUGACGCAUAAUAUUUAUGUCUGUGGAAUCUUCUAUGUUCGUGUUAUAUUAAAAUUAUUGAUGUUAGCAUUACAAGCAUAAAUCCCUCUUAGGUCCAUUUUGAAAGAUAUUCUCAAGUUAAUAUUGAAGCAAGUCAAUGUUAAACCCAAUGUGUAGUUUGCUGUCAGUUUCAACAUUAUUAUAUAGUAAAUUAUUAAAUAAAUAAAUAUUAUUAAAUGUGAACAAAACAGUUCGUAGCAUUUUUGUGUCUGAAAGUAGCUAUAGGAAAGUUAUUUUUAUUUUACUUGUACAUUUUGUUAGCAUAUCUAGCAUUUAUAGUUAACUUUUUUUAUGCAAUGUUCUCACUCUUGAGCAGGCCAUGCAAUAUCAGUAGUAAUUUUUUAAUAAUUUUAUUUGACUAUGAUAAUUAUAAUAAAUAAAUAAUUAUAAAUUGCUUCUAAGCUUUUAGCUUUAAUUUACUUAUUGCUUAUUAAGGUCACAUCAUGUAUCUGUUAUUAUUAAUUAAAAUUUUAUGUUUACAUUUUCUUUUUCCUUGUUGUGUAAAUAUUUAAUAAUUGUUUAAAAUCACGUUUUAUUAAAUAUAUAAUUAUACUUUCGCUAUAUAAGAAUAAUUUGAAUAAUAUUUUAAUUCACUGGAUCUUAGUGUUAAGACUUGAUGUAAGAAACUAUGAAAAUACUUUUCUGUGUAAAAAUGAAAAUAAAGAUUUUCAAUGUGCUUCAGAAUAUUUAACUUCACCUUACAUUAUGCAGGGAAUGCAUUAUGUAUUUGUGCAAAUUUUAUGACCCAAAUUUUGAAUCCCGUUGUAGUAAAGUAUUAACCACAAUUUCUAGUUUAAUUCCAAAUGUAUAUUUUAUUGUAGUGACUUUUAUGACAAUCCAUAUUUGAUGAUUAUAGUAAAUUACGUGUUUUGGUGUGUUAAUUCGAAUAGGAAUAUAACUUCAGUGAGUUUGUGUUGAUAAACAUAUAGAUAUCAUAUUUUUAAAUGUUGUUGAUUCAUAAAAAUAUUUUAUCAUCUACAGUCUUCACCAUAAAAUUGGUUAAUUCCCCAAUAGUGAGAAAACAUGGCGUGAUAUCUCGGUGUUUAAUAUUUAUUUUAAAAUUAUAUUUAAGUAGUUUAAUCACUGGUCUAGAUUUAUAGUACAAGCUUUUAUUUUUUUUAACUAAGUGGCAUUAUAUCAGAUGUUUGGAAAAUGAAAAUUGGAAAUGUUGCAACUAUUGCUUCAAAAACAUGAUUCAUAUUAUUCUUGUAGAUUAAAUUUCUAUAUACAAUAGUUGAGUAUAGUAAUGUAUUGUUUAUGCACUAUUACCAGUCAGAUGUAAACAAUUUAACUAUUUAUUAACAAUUUAAAACACUGCUUUUUAAUGACCCAUUUUCGAAGGAUGAGAUGGGAAAUAUUUUUCGAAUAAAGCAUAAGAUAUGUCGUUCGUAUAUAAGACAUUUGAUCUUUAAAUACUAAACUUUGAUAAAGAUUAGGCAACUCUAGUUUUGUGCAUCACAAAAAUGAAAUGUUCACUAGUGCUUUACAAUAAAUUGUGGAAUCCAUUGUAAUGAGGAGAUUUGAUCCAUCUGGCAAGUAAUGUAAAGUGUCUAGUUGACCCAGAAGAUAAAUCAAGCAAAUAAGUAUCGAAUCUCAUAGCCAAAUUUUUUUUGUUUAUUAUAACAUUUCUAUAUACACUUUUUCUAUAUGUUAUGAUUGUACAAGUUUAUGAUUAACAAAAUUCCUCAGAAACUUGCAUUUACAUCAAUAGGUAAAAGGUUUUAUUUCCUUCAUCAUUUUUUUUACAAUUAUGCUUACAAUGUGUAGAAUUUAAUCUAGUUUACUUUGUUAUAUGAUACAAUUUAAGUAUAUGUUGCAAAAGGUUAAUAAAGGAUUUAUCCACUUAUUGGUCUUAA